AUGCUGAAUUUGGUCCAGGGUCAAUCUGGUUUAGUGAACAAACACUUGGCUCAGGAAGAAUAUUCAAGAGCAUCUAGUACCACGAAUGUGCUGCUGUCAACAAGUACGAGAAACAGGUCAACUAGUGUCACCAGAAGAAAAUCCAGACCUCAUUUGAAACCGAGUGCUAGUGUGUCGCAUCCAAAAUUGAUUUAUUCUGUGGAUGACGAUAUAAAUGAACAAGAAGGUGACGACGAAAAUGAAAACGAAAACCUCGAUUCUACCCUGAGCAUAGUAAAUGAUAAAGAUUACUUGGAAGGGUACAACGACGCUUUAAAAGCUUUGUCUAUGAGAUGGAAUAACAAGAGCUCCAUAAGACAAGUUCAAGAUUCUGAAAACAAAGACACUCUAGAGGCAGCCAUAAGAGACCUUCGAGGAGAGGGGGAAUGGCGCACAAGACAGAAUGAAAGCAAAAAACGGAUCAAUUGGGAAGAUAAUGAGCCUCUAGAUAGUGUAGAUCAACAACAACAACAACAACAACAACAACAACAACAACAAGAAAAUGAAAACGACGACGAAGGUGCAGAAGCAGGAGAUGGGUUAGGGGAUAAUGGUUCUAUACAUUCCAGCUCAUCCUUGGAGUCACUCAAUUUGAGGGACCGACAAAUUGCCAUUAACUCAACUCAUCCCUUUGGUAUUAAGAUUUGGAAACCAUCGUUGUAUAAAAAGAAAAGAUCAGUGGCUACCAGAGCUGACGAGGAUAUACACGAUUUUGACCCAAGAACACCAACUGCAAAGAUAUACUGGGGGGUUACACUAACGAAUUUGGCGUGGAGUAUAACUGCAGGGUUAAUCAUUUACAUCCUGUGUCUCGUUGGUGCUGCAUUUGUCAUCAUCUUUUCCGGUUUUGGAAUUCAAAAGUCACUGAGACCCUAUGCAAAAGCAUUUUUGAAAUUGGGCAAGUACUGGUUAUAUCCAUUUGGGAAGUUUGUUCUUUUAAACAAGGACAAAAAUUACUUGAAUGAGGACAUGCUGGAGGGAAGAACAUUGAACGAAUUUCAUCAGUGGCGAUUACAAGAAGAAGGUCGGUUAUUUUUUGCACCACCCAGGCGGUAUACAGGUGCUAGCGACUCGGCUCCAUUGUUGAAAGAUCAUAAAGGCAGACCUUUAAGGGACGCUUAUAGUUCUUUGGAAGAUGGUAAUCAGAAUAAGGUGCCAGAAACUACCUCUGAAGACCAAGACCAAGAAAACAGUGAUAUCAAGGUGAGGUUUUUUGGAAGAGGGAAUUGGAACGUGGGCAGAAUUGCUUUUUACAUUUAUUUUUAUACCAUUUUGCAGCCUGUUUCUUUUAUCGUUGGGCUUUUAUGCUGGUUGAUAGUUUUUACCGUUCCAAUGGCCAAUAUCACACGUAUCUUGACCUAUCACAUGAGGCGUCAUCCAUUGGCUAUAGAUUUUGAAUUGGAAAAAGAGUACUAUAAGAAAAGAGAUCAGAAUCCAAAUUUGAACAAGAAAAAACAGACGAUUGUGCUAUGUACUUAUAGAUGCUGUGGUAUGCACUAUUACAAGUAUACUAUAGACGGAACGAAUAUUUUCUUCAUCAACUUAUUGUCUGUUGUGAUAUUUGUUAUUGUUGAUAACUUUUUCCUCAAGGACAAACUAAAAUGGAAGACAUUUUUCACCGAUUCAAGUACCAUAUUCUGCUUGUGUUUAUUUUCAAUCAUACCGUUGGCGUAUUUUAUUGGACAAGCAGUUGCUUCCAUUUCGGCCCAAUCGUCGAUGGGUGUUGGUGCAGUAAUCAAUGCCUUUUUCUCUACGAUUGUGGAAAUUUUCUUAUACUGUGUUGCUUUGAACCAAUCAAAGGGGAAAAUAGUUGAAGGUUCAAUGAUAGGCUCUAUUUUGGGAGGUGUGCUUUUAUUGCCUGGUCUUUCCAUGUGCGGUGGGGCGUUAAAGCGAAAAACACAAAGAUAUAAUCCCAGAUCUGCUGGUGUUUCUUCUACAAUGUUGUUGUUUGCCAUGGUGAUAAUGUUUGCACCAUCAUUAUUUUACCAGAUCUAUGGAGCUUAUGAAAUCAAAUGCAAGAGUUGCGAUGUGAAGUCAGGUAUCGAUGACUGCACAAAAUGUCGAUUCAUUCAACCGUCAUUCACUUUGGAUUCACUUUAUUAUAGAGUUAUUGAGCCAUUUUCGUUAAUUGUUGCUCUAGCUUUAUUUGCAGCUUAUAUAUGUGGAUUAUAUUUUACUUUGAGAACGCACGCAUCACUUAUCUGGGCGGCGAAUUCGCAUGAAGCUGUGCGCAGAGAUGAUUAUCUUAGAUCUCCUAGUAUAACAAGUAUGAAUCCUUCUCAAUCAAAAGCGUUGAAUUUGCCAAAACAACAGCAACAACAACAACAACAGCCACCAAAUUUGCCCCCGUUAGAGCCACGCAUACAGGACAAUGAUCCAAUAAAAGAACAUAAAGAAGACGAUGAGCACGACGAUAUUGGUGGCCACGAUGCACCGAACUGGUCAAGAAGUAAAUCGACGGUAAUAUUAUUAGGGGCCACAGUAUUAUAUGCUGUGAUUGCAGAAAUAUUGGUUGAUAAUGUUGAUUCCAUUUUGGCAGAGUUCCCAAUCGAUCCCAAAUUUUUAGGAUUAACGAUUUUUGCCUUGGUUCCAAAUACAACGGAGUUUUUGAAUGCCAUUUCAUUUGCUAUUAGUGGUAAUGUUGCAUUAUCUAUGGAAAUUGGUAGUGCAUAUGCACUACAAGUUGUUUUGAUUCAGAUUCCAUGUCUUGUGGUGUACUCGAUGGUGAAAGAUUUUGUCAGCGUUGAACAGAUGUUUUCAUUAGUGUUUCCUCGAUGGGAUAUUAUUGCAACAUUAAUUUCGAUUUAUUUAUUUACUUAUAUCUACGCAGAGGGAAAGUCGAAUUACUUUAAGGGGGUGAUUUUGAUUUUGAUAUACGUGGUUGUAUUGAUUGGGUUUUGGUUUAACAACAUUAUUGAAAACUUGGAUGAUGGUUAUGGAAUGGUUUUUGGUGGAACACUUUUUGGGAGUUAG